GGUUUCUUGCCUAGUGAGCAGCGCGAGCACAGCAGCAUCAGCAUCAGCAGAUCGCGGCUCACACACACACGCACACACACCGGUGCUCUGUCUCAGUGUCCCUCUCUUCCUCUCCGCCGAGCCAUGAAACAGAUGCUGUUCGACCUGAUGAGGAUGAGCAGGAUUUGCCGGAUGGUCCUCGCCACAUGUUUGGGAUCUUUUAUCCUGGUCAUCUUUUAUUUCCAAAGUAUGUUCCAGCCAGUAAUGAGACACAACCCAUUUGCAGCAGAGGGCUGCUGUAGAAGAGGCUCAAGAAAUGCACUGCAGGAGCUUUACAACCCCACACAGACGGAGUUCUCAAAGGCAGCGCUUCUCCAUCAGGCUCGGCGGGACCAAGUGGCCCAGACAUGUCGUGCCCACAGUGCCUCGAGCCGCAAACGGCACGUACUGACACCUGGCGACCUAAAACACUUAGUAGUGGAUGAAGAACAUGAGAUGAUCUACUGCUACGUGCCCAAGGUGGCGUGCACCAACUGGAAGCGGGUUAUGAUGGUCCUGAGCGGGCAUGGCAAGUACAGCGAUCCCAUGGAGAUCCUACCCAGUGAAGCACACGUGGCCUCGAACCUGAAGACGCUUAACCAGUACAGCAUCGCUGACAUCAACCAUCGUUUAAAAAACUACUUCAAGUUCAUGUUUGUGCGCGAGCCCUUUGAGCGCCUAGUGUCAGCAUACCGUAACAAGUUCACACUGCGCUACAACACGUCCUUCCACAAGCGCUACGGUACACGUAUAGUCAGGCGGUACCGCAAGAAUGCUACGGCUGAAGCGAUUCAGAGUGGCAGUGAUGUCAAAUUCACAGAGUUCGCAGGGUACCUCGUAGAUCCAGCCACACAGCGUGAGGCACCACUGAAUGAGCACUGGCAGACUGUGUAUGCCCUGUGCCACCCUUGCCACAUCCACUACGACCUGGUGGGCAAGUACGAAACACUGGAGGAGGAUGCUGACUACGUGCUAAGGCUGGCCGGUGUGUCUGACUCGCUACACUUUCCGCCCUAUGCCAAGUCUACCCGCACCACCGAUCAGAUGGCGGCCAUGUUUUUCAACAACAUCAGUGCACUGCAACAGAGCCAGCUCUAUCAGCUUUACAAGAUGGACUUCCUGAUGUUUAACUACUCCACUCCAAGUUACCUGAAGGAGCAGUAGGAAGGGUUGUUGCACAAAGCACGCACAUUUUUAAACGCACAUCUGCUCGAACACAUACUCAAAGCUGAGCUUAACUUAAUCAGAACAUUGACGUGAAAAGAAAUGGUCAAUGAGGUGCUUGAUGAAUUGGCGCCAGUGAAAACAGAACAAAAAAAACUCAGAACUUUCAGAUACUUGUGGAAAUAUGUAAUCCACGGGUGGACAGUCUGCUGUAGUGUGAAGAGGUACGGUGAUGAAUACAGGAAGAUUUGUACUGUAUCUGGUCAUGGUUUCAUGUUCGAUGAGUAUUCAGGUAAACCUGACGUCUCUGUGUUACUACACCCAUCUAUCAGAUUGUAAGAUAAAGAUCAUGUUACUGUUUCUAUUCCCAGUCAUUAUUAAGCAAUAUGAAUCUGGGCCACAGGCUCAUUUACUGUAAUAAGUAAAGAUCUCACCCGCCUACCUAUUCAAACACUUGAUGAGCGAAAGACUCUUGUGGAUAUCUACAAUGAUAUUGAAACCUCAGCUGACUUCUAUUACACCCCAAAUACAGAAGUAAAGUUGUGGGCUGUACUUAAGCAAGCUCAUUCUAGUGCUAUUUAUAGUCGGUCCUCUAACUACAGCCUUCUCCUGUGUGAAGACUGUAUGUGUACAGUAAUUAUAUGAUGCAUAUGUAAAGGAGGACCUUUGUGUUCAUACAGGAGGAUGUGAAAACGACAUUGAGAGGUGCCUUUGUGAUGUGGGUGCAUCCUGCUUCUCUUACCACUCAGUAGCUGUCCUGCAUUCGCAAGUCAGAGGUCGGCAAGAGGUCGUUAUUCAUUAAGGGGGUAUCACAGAGAAAUAUCAGCCAUCUUAAGAUAAUUAAAGGAAUAUUUCUUGUUUUUGCUUUGUUUUUAUUGACUUCUGAAAGGGAGCUGCAAGCAGCUGAACAAAACAUUAUUUAAAAUACAUUGUAAAAUGAAAAAAAAAGCACGAUUUAAUUUUAUGAUGGAUUUAUAAAUGGCAGUAUUGAUUUUUAAAGAUUUUUUUUUUUUAUGUGUAUUCAAUGCUUCAAUACAGCUCUUGAGUGGAUCAUGUGUUUUUUCCAAGGAAAGCAAAGACUCUGUUUUCUGAACUGUUCUCAUAGGAACGAUUUAUUCAGACAGACUUUGAGUCAGAGAGAGAGUGAGACAGAGUGAAGGAGAUGAGAUGAGAGAAAGAAAUGCUAGACUGGAUCUGUUUCCUGCAUUAAACCCGUUUGUUCCAUUUUAAUGUCUUCAAAGAAACACAUGCUUUUAUUUGUAGAAUUGUCAUUUUAUGGCCCUUUUUUGUUAUGACUGUGAAUUAGAGGAGUCUGAAAAUGGUGAAAUUGCCUACUUAUGUGUCUGACAGCCACGAGUGUCUGUCACUGAGCUUGUCUACACGGCUGUACAAAAAUCCUACACUGGUAAAGUAAAGGUGACUCAGUCUAACACCAGCUUUCUCUUUCAUCCGGGUGGCCGGACAGAUUAGCAUGCCUGGAUAAAUAAACGCCUGUUAGCAAUUUUUUUUUUGGUUGUUUGUUUUUAAGAGAUUGAGCCCCUGUGGAGCAGGGUCUUAAUAGGAUGCACAUACACACACAACACAUGUACACAAAACAAAUUAGUGAUGUAGUGAGUAAAAUGUUGCAGAGGGGAAAAAUGUGUUUUUUUAUGUUCUGCCUUGCUUUUCACUUUUCUCUCGUGCUCUUAAACUAAAUUCUCAAAUUUCACAGGUAUCGAUGUACAGAAGUGUUACCUUAACUAAAAUUAUAUUCGUUUAUCAUUUAUUAACAUUAAUAUGAACUUCAGGACCUACUUAACAUCUACAGUCCUCAGAAGUUUCAGUAUAAUGAAUACAUCACAAUAUGCUCUUGUAACAAAAUAAUCAACGGUGGGUCUUAUUUCUCUUAUUCUACAGCGAUUUGCAAAUGAAUGCAAUUUUUAGCAAAUUUUUAUAUCGUUAUAUUAAAUGUCAGUGCAAAAAGUUCUCACUUAUGUAACCGUCAUUCUGCCAUUUUUUCCCUUUCCCUGGAAACAUGAAGCAUUAAGCAAAACUGUUCAAUAAACAUCUCAGAAAACUUUGCCUUGCAAACCGGAAAUACUGUCAGAGCUGCUGUUAGAGAAAAUGAAUCAACACCUUCUGACCAAACAGAAUCAGGUACUGGAAAACGCUAUGGUUCAAAUUCUGUUAUUUCUUUAAUUCUAAAUCAAUGUUCCCUGAGUACUGAGUAAUGUUAAGCCAUUAAUCAAUUGAUUAAAUAAAAAUAUAAAUAACACACUACAAAUAAAAAAACAGUCCACAAACACUAGUGUGAGUUAAUGACUUAAUUAAUGUGUUUAUAGGGAUAAUCAGCAAAAUUCAGAUUUGGGUAAUGGGUGUCAUAGAGUUGAUUAUUAUUUAAUUAUUCAGUUGAUUAUGAACAUAACUAGAUUAUUGUUCUUUUAAUAGCAAAAUGAAUGCUCAGAUAUUCUCCAAAGAAUAAAAACAAGCAAAACAAAUACAAUUCAAAUACAGAGUCAAAGAUUAAUGAGUGAAAAUAAUAAAACAUGGAACAAGAACUAAAGCUUGAAUUUAAUAAUAAAAAAUAACCCAAACAGUAGGUGCCCAUAUUUACAUCCAGAGACCCUGAUUCAAUUGUCAACAUUUAGUCACUUGCUCUGAUUGAAUUGAAUCUCGCUUAUAUGGAUUUUUUUUUAAUCAUUAGAAACAUUUGUGAUCGCUGUUUAAUUCACCAAACAUGAACAAAUACCUGUUAACUUUUACUUUAUUUUUCAAACAAUGUUUUUGUUUUAUUAAUGUAAAGAUUUUUUUUAUCUCAACUAAAGUGAGUAAUGUUAGUUAAGGGAACCUUCAUGUAAAGUGUCAGUGUUCACUGUUGAGCAAUAAAUAAGACCAAGCGUUGAGACUGAAA